CCAAAGUGUCUCUGUGCAGCUGUUUCAUUCGCACGACUCCCACACUUGUGAAAUCUGAGCGACUUUACUGAUUGUCUUUCAGUAUUGAAUUCAUCUUCACCUGAGCACAGGAGCACUCACCUGAACUAAGCGGGCCAGUAUGGGAGCAUCGUCCAGUCUUCUGGAUGAAAAUAAAUCCAACUACAUAAAAGGGCAAGUGGAUGUCAAAUUUCAGGAGUUUGCCCUGAUUUAUAGAAAACAAUAUUCUCUGGCCUUCCUGUCCCAGAUCCAAGAUGAACUUGAGCAACGCAAAGACGAACACACACAGCUCCUCAAACAAAGGAAGCCUCUAGAGGAGGGACAGGUGCUUUUUGAAGAGAAUGUGCUGUACUUUGAUGAGAGUAGGAAAUGGAAAAACAGAUUUGUUGUGGUGCGUGCCAGUUAUGUCAUUGAGUGCCACGAGUGCUACAAGACAUUUAUGAAAGGUGCGCCUGCACUUUACAGGCUCCUGCCUACAGGGGGCACAAUUCUGACUUCAGAAGAGAAGUACAUGGAAAUGGUGGACCAGUGUUGCCCUUGCACUAACAAUGUUCAGGAUGAUUUUGCACCCCCUGUGGUAGGCAUGCCAGGGCAGUUCCCCGUUUAUCUUAAACUUCCAUACUGUCAGGAUUCCUAUUUUUGUUUCCACGAGGAAGAAAAGCUUGCUAAAUUUAUCUGCAUCUUAUCUGAUUGUAUUCGCCACCAGAACAAAGACUUUCUCAAGAAGAAAACAUGUGAGGUUAAAACCUUCCUCAAAGCCCUUCAGUUCUAUAGGCAGGAGAAAGGCCAGUAUGAAUCAUGGGAUAUGCUCAUAGGCAGUGAUGUGCAGGCGCUUGCUAAUUUGUUGAUGGAGGACUUCAUGCCCUAUCUGGAGAAGGAACUGCUGCCAUGUCUGAAAUCCAAGAGGGCAGACAAGAGGAGAGUGUGGUUUGCGACGGUUGAGGCUGCUUAUUACUUGGUGCAAGAGCAUCUGAUGGGGAAGCUGAAUGCACUGAAGGAGGAAUGCAAAGAGAUGGUAAAACAGCAGGAGGUGCUCAUGCGCUCCAAUAUGGACCAGAUCACGAGCUCAAGAGCUUUCCUGGAGGGCAAACUCAGAGCCAUGGUAACUGAGUCAGCAACAAAGUAUAUCACAGAGCACGUGCAGCCUUACCUGCCAGCCAUCCUGGAGGAAGUAAUGGGGCCCAUCAGCCUGGGCUUCACAGAGGCCCGGCAGUUGAGCGAGGGCAUGAUGGAGCAGCUGUGUCCGGACGCUGAGCAAAAGGAGGAACUCAUACAGGCUCUGUUUAGGAUGAGUAUGGCUAAUUUACAGAGCUGUUAUGAGAAAGUCAGUGGACUGGCAGAUCACUUCCAAGAGCUGCAGCAAACUUUCAACUAUUCCACCAGAGGUCUGGAGGACAGCACAGAAAUAGACAUACAACAACUGAUGGAGAAUGUAGAGUACACCUUUGAGCUGCUCCUGCGAAAGGCUCUGGAGGACCCAUCUGUUAACUUUCCACUGGCUAUGCAAAAGGCCAAACACAGGGUUCUGAAGCAAUUUGACUAUGACAGUAGCACAGUGAGGAAGAAGAUCUUUCAGGAGGCUUUGAUCAGUAUCACUCUACCUAGCAUAAAGAUACACCUGGCCCCAUCCUUCAAAGAGGAACUACCAGAAUUUGAGCAGUACAUAUUUGCUGAUUACUCCAACUUCAUCAGUGUGGAAAACGUGUAUGAGGAUAUUCUCCAACAGAUACUGGGAAAGGAUGUCAACAUGGUGGUCAAGGAGGCAGCCAGCAUGAAGAAGUACAACCUGUUCUCAGAGAGCAGAUACAAUUUCAGUCUGUCCAGCCUGUCCUCUACCCCGCCCAGCAGCCCGGGACGCUUAAACACCCCACAAAGUCUGCACACAGCUCUGCCACCCUCUCCUUUACUAACCAACAGCCUUACAGCAAACAAAUCCUUCACCAAUGAACUAGAGCCGAGGAUAAAUGGGGUUGUUCAGUCACUUGAAAAGUCAAGUCCAAAGACUGAAAGUCAAGACCAGCCUAGUGCCACACUAAGCCAAGCUUUGCCUGCCGUGGUAAAAUUUGAAGCAGGUGAGAACACAACAAUCCUAGAGGAGAGUAUGGAUGAUGUAUUUGUGACAGAUGAAACAUUAAAUGAGAAAACAGAUGAACAUACAGCAACCUCCAUCUCCACAGACACUUCAGCAGAGACUAAACCAGAACUUAUAUCUACCACAACCACUACAAAAGCUUUAGCCAUUGUUGCCCCUGUUGUGUACCCUGACCCUGACCCUGACCCUAACCCUUCUAGUUCAAAGGAAGGAGGUGAUGCAACAGCUUUCUCAGACUUUGCUAAUGGACACACAGUAGUGAUCAGCCCUGUUUGCACAAACCCUACUUCCUCUUGCUAUGAUAGAGAGGGUGUGCUCACAACACCCCCUGUUGGAGAGGAGGACAGUAGCAGUGGUGCUGGAAAGACAGAGGUCUUGUCAGAUGUUCCAGUCCCAAAUAGAGCAGGGAUAAAUGAUGUCAGUGUGAUGGAAAGCAAGUACCCGAUUGCAGCUUGUUUAUCCAUUGAAGAUGCAGAGACAAAUGUUUUUUAUACCUCUCAAGACAUCUCCAAAGAAUCAGGCAACCAGCCAAUAAUAGAUCCAGGAAAAGACUCAGAAUCUCAGCCUUUAUCAGACCCAGAAGAUGAAGUCAGGCCCCUGGACUGUGUGAAGGCAAUUCGUAAUUUGGUUCAGGAGGUUAUUGAAAUAGAGGAGGUGGUUCAGCCUUGCAAAGACAAUUUGGAAAAAGUUAGAGUUGAAAUUUUCGAGGAACCAGAGGCUAUAGUUUAAGACCAAGGCUUAAUGGAAUGUUCUGGGUUCAAAACAAUUUCAGUUCAAUCACCAGCAUUUGUAGCAUAAUGUUCAUUACCACAAAAAAUGAAUUCAACCUGUCCCUUAUUUAUAAAAAAAAAAAAAGAAAGAAAAGAAAGAAAUGAAAAAGCAAAAACCACAGUUAUAGUAAGGUACUUAUUAUGAAAGUAAAUGGGACAAGUCUAUAAAUAAAUUACUUCAGUAUUUUAAAAGUAUAGCAACGGACAACAUUAUACAUGUUGACUAGAGGUCGGCCGUUAGUGGAUUUUGCAGAUAUGAUAACUAAGGUGGUAGAAAAGGCUGAUAACCGAUUAAUCGGCUGAUAGUUUUUAAAACUGAUUCAUAGAAUGUUACGUUUUCUUAUUCGGUUCUGAUAUAGAGCCCAGAGUACAAAAUGAAUCAAAUCCCAGAUGUUUAUUUUUCAACCAAAAUCCCCAAAAUAAUAAUAAUAAAAGCAUUAGAUUGGGUGCAUAAUGUGGGACUUUUAACACUAAACAAGCAUGAAACACACCUGGGACUCUUAUUUUGAAAUGACGUUGACUUGACUCCAUUACAAUGCUUUAUUUUUUUAUAUUUACCAAAUUAAACCUUUUAUAGCCUAGAUAUUAUUAUUAUUAUUCACAAUGUAUGAAACUGGAGACAUGAUAUGUGCUGACGAGGGAUGUUUCCAUAUAGUCGCAUUUUUCUUUGCAUGCCCUCGCUCCAAUUUAAAAAACGUAAUUAUCAGAGGAAUACAGGAAUAAAAAAAUAAAUAUCGGCAGCUAUCGGCAUUGAAUAAUCAAUAGUUCUAAAAAGCAACUAUCGGCACCGAUUAAUUGGUAAAACCAAUAUAUCAGUCUACCUCUAAUGUUGACAUGAUUUUAGUGUCAUAAAAUCAGGGAUUUACUGGUGUAAUUGUAUUUUUGAAUAUAACUUCACAUAGAUAAGAUUAGUAAGUGAUUGUAUCGCACUGAAAUCAUGUUAACGUGUAAUGAUUGCGUCUUGUGGCUAUACUUUUUAAAUAGUAUUUUAACGUUUAUGGACUGGCCCCAUUCACUUCCAUAGUAAGUGCCUUACUGUAACCGCAAUUUAUUUAGUUAUUUUUUAAAGAUGUAGGACAAGUCGAAAUUAUUAUUAUUAUUAUUAUUUUUGGUAAUCAACAUUAUGCCACAAAUGUUGUCGAAUGAGCUUAACUUGCAUGAAGUACAUUCCUUGAAGGCUCAACCAAUAUGUUUAUCCGACCAAUGGAAAACACAGGGAAUAUUUAAGAAUUAUUUUUGGUAUCCCACAGGAGUCACAAAGAAUUAUAGUUUAGAGACUGUAAUAUGAUGUCGUAUAAAAGUAGUUAGUAAGGACAAAAGUGUCUCCCUCACUCUGAGGUAAUUUUCAUGACAUUAUUGUAAUAUAGUUCAUCUUAUUAAUCUUAAUAAUGUAUUAAUCUAUUGUUUUAAGCUAAUACUGUAUAUACAAAUGAAUUUCUAUGUUAAAAUUUGAAUAAUAUGUAAAAUAUAUAAUUACAAAUGUGUUUUUGUUUUACUUUAAAAUAAGGAAUCCUUUUGGUAAGAA